GGUACUGAACAAGAACCUGGUGUAAUCCCUCGGGCUGUAAAUGAAGUAUUUGAGAAUAUCAGACAAGCUACCAACAAGGAGUUUUUGUUAAGAGUUUCCUACCUCGAGAUUUAUAAUGAAACGAUUCGAGAUUUGCUUGCUCCAAAUAAUACAGACAUCAAAAUACACGAAGAUAGACGAAGAGGUAUCUAUGUGAGUCCUUUGAUUGAAGAAAUCGUGACAGGUCCAGAAAAGGUUAUGAAAAUUAUCCAAAGAGGCGAAGCCAAUCGACAUAUCAGUACAACAGAUUACAAUAUGCAUAGUAGUCGAAGCCACACCAUAUUUCAAAUGGUUAUUGAAAGUAGAAUACGAAACAAUGAUAACAAAAACUUAAACAUUGCAUGUGUGUGUGUGUGUGUGUGUGUGUGUUAUGUAUCACAGAACUUGAUUGAUUUGGCAGGAUCAGAAAAAGCAGUUACCAACCAAGAACGUCGUAAAGAAGGUGCCUAUAUCAACAAGAGUCUAUUAACCUUGGGAACUGUCAUUUCCAAAUUAACAGAACAGGGCAAAAGUAGUGCUGGUCACAUUCCCUACAGAGACUCAAAAUUAACUCGAAUCUUGCAGACGGCUCUGUCAGGUCAGGCCAAAGUCGGUGUGAUCUGCACUAUCAGUCCAAGCUCUCUAGAUGAGUCCCACAAUACCCUAAAGUUUGCUGCACGUGUAAAGAAGGUGGUCGUGACUGCCAAGAAUGAAGAAGUCAUGGAUGAUAAGGCGUUACUGCAGCGAUACAGAGGCGAGAUUCUGGAUCUGAAGCACAAAUUGAUGGCCGCAAAUGAAGUCAUCAAGGAAGAGAAAGAUCACACUCAAUCUAUGCUUAGUGCCGAAAGGCGUCAGGUAAAAAUACACAAUAGAGGAAAUUUAUAUCUAUAA